AUGUCGUACGAUUUGGAAACCGCUGAGCGCGCCGCCUACGCCCCAUUCUUCGGCUACAUGGGAGCUGCGUCCGCCCAAAUCUUCACCGUAUUGGGUGCCGCCUACGGAACCGCCAAGUCCGCUGUCGGUAUCUGCUCGAUGGGAGUGAUGCGUCCGGAGCUCAUCAUGAAAUCCGUCAUUCCAGUCAUUAUGGCCGGUAUCAUCGGUAUCUACGGACUCGUCGUCGCGAUGGUGUUGAAGGGAAAAGUGACGUCGGCGUCGCAAGGAUACGAUCUGAAUAAAGGGUUCGCUCACUUGGCCGCCGGUCUCACUUGCGGAUUGUGCGGAUUGGGAGCCGGUUACGCCAUCGGAAUUGUCGGAGACGCCGGAGUUCGUGGAACCGCCCAACAGCCACGUCUCUUCGUCGGAAUGAUCCUUAUUCUUAUCUUCUCCGAAGUCUUGGGACUCUACGGAAUGAUCGUCGCCCUCAUCCUUGGAACCUCUUAA